AUGUUGAGAAAGAGUGUCGGGCAACUGAGCAAGGCGGCAGGCCGUCGCGCGUUCUCGAGUACUGAGGCUUCUGGUCUUAAGAUCACUUCUUUGGACGACGGUCGGGCUGUGUCCGAGGUUUCGCUAAUCGUGAAGGGUGGUUCUCGCUACAGCCAGGUUCCCGGUACUGCGCACCUUUUGGAGAAGUUCGCGUUCCGCGACACUGCCCCCCGUUCUGCUCUGCGUCUGACUCGUGAGUCUGAGCUGCUGGGUGGCCAGUUCGGCACCCAGCUUGGCCGUGAAAAGCUCGUGCUCACCACCAAGUUCCUGCGGGAGGACCUGCCCUACUUCGUUGAGGCUCUUUCCAACGUCGCCAAGCACACUCAGUACAAAGCUUACGAGUUUGCUGAGGAGAUUCUCCCUCUUGCACAGGCCGAGGCCAAGAAGGCCGCCGGCAACUCCCAGGCCGUCGCUAUCGACGCCGUCCACGGUGCCGCUUUCCGCAACGGUCUUGGUACUCCUCUGCUCGUCACCCCUGGCGUUAACGUCUCGCUGGCUGAAGUCAAGGCCUUCGGUGAGCAGGUCUACUCUGAGGGUAACCUGGAGAUUGUUGCCCGCGGUGUUAUCGAGGGCGAUCUCAAGUCGCUGGUUGCCGACAACUUUGCCGGUCUCCGUGCUGGCUCCGUCCAGUCUGCGGCCACCAAGACCUACGCCGGCGAGUCCCGCAUUGCUUCCGCCAGCCCCGAGCAGGUCGUUACCUUUGGUUUCGCUGCCCAGCCCACCCCGGCUUUCGCUGCUCUCGCCCAUCUUUUGAGCUCUCGCUCUGUCAAGUGGUCGCCUGGUGCUGGUGCUCUUGACGCCGUUGCUUCGAAGCACGGUGUCUCUGUUAUCGUCGCCAACCACGCUUACUCCGAUGCCUCGCUGCUCACUGUCUCCAUUUCCGGCCCCUCAGCUGCUGCCGUCAAGUCCGCCAGCGUCGAGGCUGCUGCCGUUAUCAAGGCUCUUGGUUCCAGCGUUGAGCCUGAUGCCGCUAAGCGUGCCGUUGCAAAGGCCAAGUUCUCUGCUGCUGAGGCUCUCUUUGCCCCUGCCGCCGCCGCCGUCGACGAGUCUGCUGUCACUGCUGCCGCCAAGAAGGUGUUCAGCUCCAAACCCGCUGUCGCCGUGGUUGGUCAGACCUUCGCUCUGCCUUACGCCGACGAGCUCUUUUAA